ACCGCUGAGAGACGGAGAGGGGUGGUGAUGCACACUGACUGACGCUGCCCUUGUAUCUUCAACAGCGUGCGUGGACGGUCGUCCUUGCAGCCUCUUCGGAACUGCAUCAGUGUAUUUCGACGAGGCUAAUUUCUUCUCGAAAAAAACUCGACAAAGUGGUCUCUAGAAGAGGACGUCUUUUCCCGCUGAUAAGCACCCCACAAAGACACAAAACCUCCUUUAACUUCCAACUCCUGCAAGACGAAAUGGGGAAACAGAACAGCAAGCUGACCCCUGAAGCCAUGGAGGAUCUGGUGAAGAGCACAGAGUUCAAUGAGCACGAGCUGAAACAGUGGUACAAAGGCUUUCUCAAGGACUGCCCCACUGGCAGACUCAACUUGGACGAGUUCCAGCAGCUCUAUGUCAAGUUUUUCCCCUACGGAGACGCCUCCAAGUUUGCCCAGCACGCCUUCAGAACCUUCGACAAGAACGGAGACGGGACCAUCGACUUCAGAGAGUUCAUCUGCGCCCUGUCCAUCACCUCCAGGGGCAGCUUCGAGCAGAAGCUCAACUGGGCCUUCAACAUGUACGACCUGGACGGGGACGGCAAAAUCACACGAGUGGAGAUGCUGGAGAUCAUCGAGGCCAUCUACAAGAUGGUGGGGACUGUGAUCAUGAUGAAGAUGAACGAGGAUGGCCUGACACCCGAGCAGCGCGUUGACAAGAUCUUCAGCAAGAUGGAUAAGAACAACGACGACCAGAUAUCCUUGGAGGAGUUCAAAGAGGCGGCCAAGAGCGACCCCUCCAUCGUCCUGCUGCUCCAGUGUGACCUCCAGAAAUAGGUGGCCUCUUCAAACGCCUGUAUGGACUGCACAGAAGAUUAAUGUUCCAUUCAGUUUGCAGCUAUUUACACUGAAGAAAAAUAUAUAUGCUUGGACUACCUUUCAAUGGAUCCGCUUCUUGUGUUUGAAACACUUGUGUGCAUGAGAAUGUUAUUUGCUAUAAUAAAAGAUUUACACAUAAUUACAUAGAGGACACACAGAAAUACAGUACUUAUAACUGAAAUGAGGCACACACAAACGACCACACACACACAGACACAUAUACACAGACUGUCUUACUACAAUUUCACACCAUGCACAACUAUAUAUAGAUAUAUAAAUAUGAAUAUAUAUUUAAAUUAUUUAAAUUCAACUGCCAAAAUGUGAAGUGUGCAAAGUAUUUUCCAUAGUCUCAUUCCAUCGGAGCUUGCGCAUCUGUGAUGUGCUAUGUUGAAUUUACGCAACUAUUUAUUGUUCCAAGUUUGCUGAUUGCUAGCUAUAUGUGUUUCAUACAUCGAGUAAUGUCAACCAAACCAAAUUCCUAUGGUAACGUACCUAUCUCUGCAUAAACACUUAUCCAUUCUGAUAAAAGAUUAGAUCUGGAUGGAUCAAGAGAUGGACUAGCAUUCAUCAGAAUUUUCCUUCCAAACGUGCUUGUACUGUUGGUUAAUAUAAAUGUAGUUAAUUUGCAUGCCGUUUAUUUAUUUAUUUUGUCUUAAAGGUAAUCUCCUCGUUUUGCAUCCUAUAAGAAUAACAAAGACAAAGAAAUGCAGUCACGGUUAAAACAGUUAAAGACAUAGAAUAGGUAACUGAAAAGAAAAAUUAUACAACAGUAGGUUAUACAAGUUUUGUCAAAUGGGAUGUAAUUCUGUGAUUUGGCAAAACUAUUAUUUUGACUGAUGCACCUGUAGGUGUCAUGUUUCUUUGUAGAUAAAGGUUUAUGUUGCUACAAAGUCCCUUUCGCACUCCGUAGUUCAGAUAUAUUUUCAAGGAGGUAGAUACUGAAUAUGGCACAUAGACACUUAAAAAAAUCUACUGAAAAAAGUAUUCGGCCCCACAGAUGAAUAAUACAGGAAUAAUCAUGCAAUGGUCAAUUACAAAUCAAACACAUCAUUGAAUAUAAAGGCAUAAUUUUACCUGGAGGUUUAGAGAGUGAGACAUUUUGAUAAUUUCCACCCACUCACCUAUUGAGAAAGUGCAUGUUGUCCGACCUUUAUUGCCCACUUAGUCAUGGCUAAGUUAAUUAUGUCAUUUAUUCAAUACAGCUACAGGUUGCUUAUCAAUGUGCUGAAUUCAAUGACGUUUCCACAUGCCAGUGGUGUAAAGGAUACAUGGAAUGAGGCCACUGCAACACUGUGUGAAACAUUAAUUGUUAUGUCACUUUCUCUGUUCGUCUCUCAGUUAAAAGAAUAAGUGUUGACCUGUGUCAAAGGAACAAGUGAAUGCCAUUCCUUAUGAAUUGUAACGAUAACAACGCUUGAAGACAUGUUUGGUAUUUGGUAGGCUAUACAGUUUUCCCCAAAGUGAACCUCGCUCCUCCUAACUAACUUUUUGUACUUUUUUAUUACCCUCUCUCAUAUUGAAGCAUACAGACUGUAUAGAAGCUAGCUCUUCGCCCCCAUACAGGUGCCACAUCUUAGCUCAUCGUCUUUCCCCAAGAUAGGAAAUAACCUAUGAUCCCACCGGUCUUGACUGGCGCCAAGGGCCUAGGUUUGUUUUCAAAUGUGGGUGGAACAGCUUGUUUUUUUUUUACUGAGUAUGCGGCCGUUAAAUACAAUUUCAUACUAAAAAAGUGAGGGACAGAUCUGCCGGUUUGAAGAAGUGGGUGGCAUGGUUAAUGAAACCUACGCCUUGACUGGCACACAUAAAACUUCUCUAUAUGCCAGUAUGUUAAAGACUGCGGAAUAGAUACAGAUUGUUUCCUACCUGCAUAAAUAUUAUACUGCAGUGUGGUAAAGACAACAUUUCUUUUAUGUGUAUGUGUAUCUGUGCAUAUUCUCUGAUUCAUGUUUAUAUUCCCAAUACACUUAAAUGCAAAGACCCAAACACAAAACCUUGUUUCCCUAUAUUAUUCAGUUUCUAAUCUGAAUUUUACAUAAACAUAUUUGCCCAGAAAUGUUUAUACCUAAAUAUGUAUUAUUAUUGCAAUUAGGAUACCAAAUGCAAGCACGGCAACUGUGUAAAAUGAUUAUUUUGUACAUGUAGCAUGUAUUGUGUCCCCAAUUACAUGGCUGCACUACUUCCUAUUGUGUUGUGAUUUAAACGAAUAAAAGAUUAUAUGGGC